CGCGGCGCACGGAGCGGAGCGGGCUGAGGCGAGCGGCGCUGCGCGGCGCGCGGGUCCGGGCCUCCUCCUCCGCCCUCCUCUUCUUUCUCCUCGGUGCCGUGUCUCGCCCUGCCCUCCCGGGGUGGCCCUGUCACUGUGAAGGGUCACAAUGUCUGACAGAAAGGCUGUGAUCAAGAAUGCGGACAUGUCCGAGGACAUGCAGCAGGAUGCUGUAGACUGUGCUACACAGGCAAUGGAGAAGUACAACAUAGAAAAGGACAUUGCAGCAUACAUAAAGAAGGAAUUUGACAAGAAAUACAACCCAACUUGGCACUGCAUUGUUGGCAGAAACUUUGGCAGCUAUGUAACACACGAGACAAAGCACUUCAUCUAUUUUUACUUGGGUCAGGUUGCAAUUCUUCUCUUCAAGUCUGGAUAGGAAGUAAGAGCAAGUGAAAUUUGGACUGUAAUGCACUGAUGGCUGAAGCCACGACUCCCUUUAACAUGGCUAUGCCGCUGCAUGGACUGUAUACUAUAUUUAAUGUGUAUAUGUUGCAGUAAAAAUCUACUUCUGUUUAGUUGCCUGGGAAGAAGGCGGCGUUUUUUGUUACUGCUUUUUUUUUUGGUUGUAUUGCACUAGGAAAACCUGUAAAUGCUUAAACAAUGGCCUUUAUGUGGGAAGAAAUAAAACUAUUCCACAACAGUUCCCUCAGUGGUAAUUCCUUCUUUGAGGCUGGGAAAACUUCUUUGGGCAGGCCAAAAAAGACCCUGUUGACUUCCUUAUCAAGUUCUAUUAGACUGUUACUCUUGAAAUGAGGAGCAAUGCCAGUGUGAGCCUCUACCCACCCUGCAGACUGUAGAGAGCUGGCUCUCCCAGUAACCUCAAUGCAGGUACUUAGACCAUCCCUGAAAGUUGGUAGGGUGGCUCUUGUUAAUGGGAUUUUUUCAUCCAAAGGUUGAACUCCACCUCAGACUGUGAUUAAAACAGACUUGCAGCUGGCACCCUCAGUGUUCUUUUUCAGUGCCCAUCACUAUUUUUUGGCUCUGAAACAUACUGAGCUAGACUUGCAAGCAACUUGGCCUGGUCUAGAAGACUUCAACAAAUAUCCUCUUGAGUUGCUGGUGUGGAGCAGAAAGCAGCAUGCUGUGGCUGAAGUCUUUAGACCUUGCUGCUAAGAUCUAAGACUGGCCAUGUGGGCCAUCCCCCAAAUGGACUAGGCUAUCAAAUUGGUGACUAUUGACAACAGCUUUAUUUGGCAUAUUCUUAGCCAGUUGUCUCAACACUGCCUUAACUUGAUGUUCUCCUUAAAGCAAGCUAGUCAUGUGGAAGAUUUGUAAGUGGCCACUGUCUCCUCUUCUAUUUUCUGUAGCUGAUAAGCUAUUUCUGGAGGAUUGUCCUCCAUGUUCUGAUAUCUGCUUUUGUUCUUAAAGCACAGUACCAAGAAGUUAAAUUUACAUGUGAUGUUUGUGAAGGAAACUCAUGUGACAUCUGCUUCAAAGGCAGAGAAAAUGUUUUGGUCUCCAAUAGAUUCAGCAGUGAUGUUGUCUUAGUAUGUACUGAUUCUUGGAUUAAACUGCAGGAAGUCUUUUAUUUUAUCUGGGUGGAAGAAAUCCUGAAGGACAAAAAUGCUAUGUGAUGACUAAAUAAAUGUCUGGUGCUUGCAGUAAGGUCUAUUUAUUGGUUUGUUAACUAAUACAUAGACAAUCAUUUGGCUGGUGAGCCUCACUCGCAUCUCUGGGAUGAACUUGGGGAGGUGUUAGUAACAAGCCAUUGCUUUUAAUCACUGCUGGGGGGGAAGGGCAGAGUGAGAGAGCUAUUCAUUGUGAAAUGACCUGAUGACCCAGGUUGACUACUUCCUGAAGUAAAAGUCCUUGUCUCUGUGCAAAAUCCAAAGUAUGCCUAAUUUUGUAAUAUUGAUAGAAUCAUGUUGUACCUAGAAAGAAUGUAGCUGUCAUAACUUCAUGUUGAUGGAAAUGUCUGCACUGGGGGUAAUGUGCCUUGGACUGUCUGGGGCACCCUUGUAGUCUUGUCUAUUCAGAACUCUACUCUUGAUCUGAAAGGAGAAUGUUUUGGGUUUGUUUUGUUGUUUUGUUUUUUUUUUUUUCUAAGCAUGAGUCUAAUGUGAACCUGUUCACAGUCUGUGGAGCAAGAUGUGCUCCCUUCAUAACUGCAAUGGCUCAAAUACCAUUUAUUUUUUUUUCAAACAUUAAAAGUGAAUUGACACAUUUCAA